AUGAUAGAAAAACUUGAGGUGCUACUGGUAGCACCAAUAGAGGUAAGCGGUAUUGAGGGAUCAAUCUUAUUGCAACUCGAGAAAUCAAGAUUAAUCUCACUGCAACGCGAGAAAUCAACCAACCUCAAUGCAACCCGAGAAAUCAACCUCAAUGCAAUCCGAGAAAUCAAGAUUAAUCGCAAUGCAACUCGAGAAAUCAAGAUUAAUCUCAGUGCAACGCGAGAAAUCAACCAACUUCAAUGCAACCCGAGAAAUCGUCCUGUAAAUCUUACCUUAUUUCAUGAGAAAGAAAUUAAAAACAAGCAACAAAUUUUAUUCGUUGCAUGA